AUGAUUGCUGAUGUGUUCUCAGUUGAUGCUUUAGAAGUUGCAAAGCAAUUCAACCUCAAGACAUACGCUUAUUGUGCUUCAUCAGGUUGUGUGGCUCUUCAAGGCAAGGAUCUCAUUGACUCGGUUCAACAAAGAACAAUUGAAUCCUACAAAACAAUUCUUCAUAUCAGUAAAGGAUUGGAUUUGGCAGAUGGUAUUAUACUAAACAGCUUCAUGGAUUUGGAAAGAAAGAUAAUAACAGCUCUGCAAGAAAAUAAGAAUAAAUACCCUCCUAUAUAUCCGUUGGGCCCUAUUUUACAGAGUGAGUUAGCUAGCAUAAACGAGACAGCUUCAAAGUGUUUAAAAUGGUUAGACAAUCAACCACCUAACUCUGUUCUGUAUGUUUCUUUUGGGAGUGGAGGGACACUGUCACAUGACCAGCUUAACGAGCUAGCCUUAGGGUUAGAGAUGAGUGGCCACAAGUUCCUGUGGGCUAUGAGGGCUUCAAACGGGUUUGCUUAUUCGGCUUAUUUGAAUGAACAAAAGGAGGACCCAUUUGACUAUUUGCCAAAAGGGUUUCUUGAGAGAAUCAAAGAUCAAGGCUUUGUGCUUCCAUCAUGGGCCCCAGAAAUUGAAGUGUUGAGGCACGGGUCAACUCGUGCAUUCUUGACUCAUUGUGGCUGGAACUCUACACUUGAGUGUGUGUUCUAUGGCAAGCCUAUAAUUGUGUGGCCAUUGUCUGCAGAGCAAAGAAUGAAUGCAGUGAUGCUGAGUGAGGAGUUGAAGAUUGCUGUAAGGCCAAAAGAGAAUGCAAAUAAUGAUGGGAUUAUUGUGGAGAAGGAGGAAGUUUCUAGAAUUGUAAAGAGUGUAAUGGAAGGUGAUAAAGGGAAAGAGAUUAAUAGAAGAAUUCAAGUGUUUAAGGAUGCUGCCGCUAAAGCGCUUGGAAAAGAUGAGCAAAGAAUGAACGCGGUGUUGAUAACUGAGGAGUUGAAGAUUGCUCUGUGGUUGAAGAAAGAUCAUGAUAAUAACAAGGGAAUUGUCAGGAAGGAGGAAGUUUGUAGGAUUGUGAAGAGAGUAAUGGAAGGUGAUGAAGGCAAAGAAAUCAACAGAAAAAUUCAGGUCUAUAAGGAUGUUGCUACAAAAGCACUUAGUGACGAUGGUUCCUCAACUAAGACCCUCUCUUGCUUAUUAUCUGAUCUCUUGAAUGGAAAAUGA